GUCACGUGGGACGUGAUCGGUCGGUGGCUGCACGGGGAAGUUCAUGCCGACCGGAGUACAACAUGCAGAUACUCAUCUUUUGAAUGCUGUCGCCAUACAGGGUACUGCCAGACUAAACGCAGGGAACAAUGGUGAAGUAUUUCUGCUGCGCAGGUUUGCUCAAGAGCACCUGGGACCAAGUUUGUAUCGCUUUCUGGCAACGAUAUCCCAACCCUUACAGUAACCAUGUUUUGACGGAGGACAUCAUUUUCCGAGAGGUUACGCCAACCAACUGCCUCAAAUCCAGACGACUGUUGACCAAAACGAGCCGAGCUCCUCGCUGGAUGGAGCGCUACCUUCCCAAGCACAUGGCCAGCAAGGCAUACAUCAUCGAGGACUCCAUUGUGGACCCUCAGAAAAGGACCAUGACCACGCUCACAUGGAACAUCAGCCACGCUCGCCUCUUGUCCGUGGAAGAGCGGUGCGAGUACCAAAUCAACCCUGACAAUGGCAGCUGGACAGAGAUAAGAAGAGAAGCUUGGAUCUCUUCCAACGUCUAUGGGCUCUCUAGAGGCAUUCAGGAAUUUGGUCUUGCAAGGUUCAAGACCAGUGUUACAAAGACCAUGAAAGGCUUUGAAUAUGUGCUGGCCAAAAUGCAAGGUGAAGCGCCAUCAAGAAGCUUAACAGAAACUGCUACGGAUCGAGCAAGAGAGACAGCGCUGGCAGCUAAGGAGAAAGCCAAAGACCUCGCCUCACAGGCCCAGAAGAAACAAUAUGUGUGAUGAGCAGUGUAGGUCAUCGGUUUACCCCCACCCCUCAUGGUUCAGACAGACGGAUCCCGUCGUGAGUAGACGCCUCUGUGAGGAAGCCACGUACUGAAAUGGUGGGUGGACCAUAAAAAAGGCCUGAGCUGGGUUCAAGAGGCUGCUCCAGCCUCCUGGAAUAUAUUCUACCAUUCAGUCGUUGUAACGUUUAAGCGCCGCAUGAAGACUGACGUACCGUGUACAUUUGCUUAUCUACGGUAUGGAAACAAAAAAGUGACGUAAGUGAGAGGGUGUGAGUAAAAUGUACAGACUGGAGCAGUCUGGCCGCACUGCCGUUAAAACCAGAUCAUCUCAGUAUUGACCAUAGAUAGGGAUCUUAAAGGACUGGCUGAAUAUGGCUCUGUGUGCCAUAAAGUAAUAAUGGCACUUAACCAACCUUGAUACUGUUCCUCAGACCUUUGCUCAACCUUUGUGCCCAUCAACAACGUUUACCUUUUACUCUGUUCCUUUCAGUAUGUCACGUUAUUGUAUAAUAGUUUAUUAUUAACGGCCUUUUCUUGAGGCUAAUAUCUAAUUACUGCAAAUUCAUGCGUUUGAUUUCCUUAAGUUGUAUGUUUUGUGACAAUCAUGUUGUCUUUUAGUUCAGUUCACCCGACCACACCUUAAUCACCCUACCGAGACUGAUUGCUUCAAGUUGAAGUGCAUUGACUGAAGAAGGGUCCGUACUGUUGGCAGUCAUAGCUUGGUGAAAAAUACUCACUUUGCACUUUUGAUAUUAAGAUCUGCUUGCAAUGGACUUCAGUGUCUUAAUUUAAAAUGUGUGUACAAAGGCAAAAAUCACUUUGUAUUGCACAUUCAGCUUAUGACUGAUGACACAGACCAUGCAACAAUGUGCUCUUACUGCAUUGAUUAAAUAUAUCGUCAAUAAAUGGACAUUUCCUUUGUAACAAUCCUGCUGUGAUGUCUCUGUAUAGUUACAUUAGUGUCUCCCAACCUGGGGUAGCUAGAUGAUUAACAGGAUGGGAUAGAAAACAAAAAAAGAUUCUUAAAUACCAAAUUUUUAGACUUCCUGUUUUUCAAAUAAAAUGGAUGAAUCCAUUUCAACGGAAGAGGGGUCAGCCAUGACUUUGUCUUAUGGCCUCACAAGCAAAAAGGUUUGAUCAUUGUGAAGCAAUAGCUCCAGUAAAAUAAUUAGAAAUGGCACAUAAAUAUACAAAAUAUUUAUUCAAUAAAAAAAAGCUUACACGUACAAAAAUGCUACAUUAUAUAACUGGGCGGAGAGAUAGAUGAAUGCAUACAUACUAUUAAAAGGUAAUGAGGCAUAUUGCAUACAAAAGUGAAGGGGGGGAAAAGCACCUUCAGUUAUUACAUAUCGGGCAAUGAAUAUGAAACACCUGUAAUACAGCAUAAAUUGCACAAUUACUACAAGUUUGACAAACUGUCAGACUGUGGUGCAUGCAUAAUUGACGUGAGAAAUGCACAAGCAAUGAAGUGUACGGUUGUUAUAAUGCACACCUCUAAGAAGCAGACCAGUUCGUAUAAGCAGUGAAUAAAACGGUCAUUGUACUCUCCACAUGCACUCACAACUCGUCUUUAAAUACAGGCAUCAAAAUUCUUGCACUUGAUCACAGACUGAAUUGUGUACAAAUACGCUAAUUGAGUAUUUUUCACAUUUAACUUUAUUUCCAGACAUGAAGGUGCAAACAUGAGCAGUUCUUUUAUGUUCACUGUUUUCAUUUUGAUAUACCCACAAUCUUUUUGAGACAAAACAAGUGCAAUGUGUGGUGGUUUUUGUGCAACAUAAGAAAAAAAAAAAAAAACAUAACUGAAACAACUUACAAAAUAGGACAAUAAUAGCGCAGGUUUAAGUGCAUGCUACACAUGGCAUUGCUGAAAUAUGAACUUAGUGCUAAGGAAAAGCCGUAUGGGAUACCGAACCAGAUCUUAUUUAAGGCAGAAUUCAGUAUAAACAUACAUACUGUAGUAAAGAAUAAGUUAAGAGGUUUGAAUAAAAAGCCCUUCAAGAUGAG